CAGAUUGUUUGCGGUAUUUCGGAAGUGGUGAUGGGAGCAGUUGCUUGCAUAGAAUCGAGGGCGGCAUUCACAAGACUUGGGCUGGGAGUGCCGGCUGGACUUCUCACUGUCAUAGCUGCUAGCUCGAGUAUCCAAACAAGCAGAGGCUUUGGUGGCUAUAGAUCAUCUAGUUGCGGAGAGGGAUCCCUACUUCGUUUUUUGGGGCCCAACUUUGUUCUGGCAGUUGUCCUCACCCUGCUCUGGGCAUUAGCAUGUGGUCUGCAGUUUCUACUUCUCGUACAAGCUCUACUAACUGUUAAACAUUCAAGAGACAGUCACACGUCGUUUCUGGUGGCAGUGAUACAACUAGUGCUGUCGACUCUGACGCUGCUAGCCGUGUUACUGGUGCUUCGCAUAGAUUGCAUCUACGACCCUGACUGACCCGAGGCGAUGGGCAUUCACGCCGGCGAGUACGGUGGCUCGGCCACUGGUGUCUCCAUGGUGCCACUAGCCUCCAGCUCCUCUGACAAGCCUGAGCGCAAUGACUAGAUGCAAUCAUACAGAAAAUAUAGCACAGGACUUAUAUGCUAUCUUAUUUCUAUGGUGCAAUAUAUAAACGAGAGAAAUUCAAACUCACAAUCUGUUCAAUUCCAUCAAUUUUAUUUUUUUUAAAUCAAUUUAUUUUAAAUAAAUUAUUUUUUUAUCAAUUUAAUUCCAUCAGGAACUGCGAUUAUCAAUUGAAAAUGUUUUAUAACUGUUGUAUAAAUUAACAACUAGCAGAUUAUCUUAAAACUUUUUGGUUUAAAAGUCAACUUACUCACUUGGAAAUUCAAGGUAUGGUACUCAAGUUGUCAGAGUAACUUUGAAAAGUUCACUUUGAACAAUUAAUUACGAUAUAGCAUUCAGUUAUUUAUAUAAAUAAAAGCUAUUAGCUUCUACUUACAUUAGUGUAGCGCUUUCGGACACUAGGCCCUUCAUCAACACUGGCUGUCACUUCCGUUGUUGAAUACAUAUGGUUAGUAAGCAGCAACAAGCUAAUAGCUUUUAUUUAUAUAAAUACCUGACUGCUAUGUCGUAAUUAAUUGCUCAAAGUGAUUAUUUAACAAGCAGUUCGUAAUGGAAUCAAACAUUGAAGAGUUUGAAAAGUUGCUCAAUAUUGUCAAAUUGAGUAGAAUUUGAACCUGGAAGUUUGAAAAAUAGACUGCUAGUCGUUCAUUUAUAGAAAUGAGCUAUUUAAUCUCUACCACUGGAUGAUACUAAAUCAGGCCUUAUCACAAUAUUAUUCAUUUGUUCAAGUGUUAUCUACAUCGAUCUAAUUAAAAUUGAAUAAUCGAAAAAUUGUCUAAUGAGAGUAGAGAUUGAAAAACACGAUCUAACUUAAUCAAUUUUUCCACUACUCAUUGGGUCUAAAUCACGCCUUAUAACAAUUUUAUUCAUUUGUAUUAAUAUGAUCUACAUCAAUCUAAUUUGAAUUGAAUAAUCGGAGGAUCUCAUAAUGGAAUAGAUUAAAAAAUCAAUCUUUUCAAUUUCUACUAUGUUACUGAUUGUCUCUAAAUCACGCCUCAUUACUGUAUAAUUAAAUAUUAGCAUAUUGAUUAAUUUACAUCAAUCUUAUUCCAAUUGAUUAAUUAAUUAUAUUAUGCAUAUUAUAUAAUAUAAAUAUGUACAAGUAUCGAAGUAAUAAACUAUAAUUAUCUAUUAUAUCACUCUCAUGCUUUAAUUACCAUGGUUGUUGCUCGUUUACCUCGCCAUCCCCCUAUUUUCUUAUUUUAGGACAGGAGAUUUCAGGUCAUCUCAUUCAUUAUUGAUGCCUUUACCAUAAUAAACAAUUCAAUUGGGGCCGUGAAG